UGCGCGUUGGGGCGAAUCGACGCCGGAAGCAUUUUGCCUCAGGCUCUGUCGGAUCCGGAUCCCCAGUUCGACACGAUUCUUCCCCGAAUUCGUAGACUCUUCUACGAGGCUGGCGGGGAUUCUAUGGCCGUGGAUGCCUUUCAGUUGGACUCGAUACUCAAUACCCUGCUCAAAGAAGACCAUCGCUUACCCUAUACCAUGGUGUCAACUGAUGCGUGUCGUGCGUUGAUUGCAAUGCGCAACGACCGGUACACGGGACGGUUGAUAGAGUCUGAAUUCCAACCGAUGUGGAGCCUCCUUCGCUGCUGGUCGCGCAUGUUCGCGGCUUUCGAUCCCCAACGAGCGGGCUACAUCACCUGCCUCGAUUUUCGGAUCCUCAUUGAACAAGUUGGUAGGCUUCACCAUCGAUGCACUUAA